AUGCUAAGAGCAUGUGUUCUGGAUUUGGAAGACAAUUGGGAAUUGUAUCUACCUUUGGUGGAAUUUACAUAUGAUAACAGUUUUCAGACAACUAUUGAAAUGGCAUUGUAUGAAGCUUUCUACGGUAGAAGAUAUAAAUCACAUGUUCAUCGGAAUGAAAUUAGAGAAAAUAGAGUUUUGGGACCAUAUAUUAGUGAAAUGACAGUUGAAGUCGUUGAUAAGAUCCGUAUUAGGAUAAAAGCUGUGCAAGACAGACAAAGUGACUAUGCAGAUACUAGAAAAAAAGACUUUGAGUUUCUAUUUGGAGAGAAAGUCUUUCUAAAGAUGGCACCAAUAAAGAGUGUACUUAGGUUCGGCAAGAUAGGCAAACUACGACAUCGUUAUAUCAUACCUUUCGAAAUACGUAAUGGUGUUAGGAAUGUGGUUUAUUGA